AUGAUGCAAGACGAUCAUUCGAUGAUGGAGCCGCCAACAACAACAACGUUGUUCUCCUCUUCGGAAACAACUCCAAUGAUGAAUCGAGAGUUUUACAUUCAAUACUACACACAAAAACUACAGCGGAUGGCCCUUGAAAGACAAAAUCAAGCACUCUCUCAAAUGGAACAAUUAUUUCAACAUGAGCCUCAUCUUGUGGCUGAAAUGAUUCACUCCGAAAUGGUGCAAGCCUUUCUCAACCCCACUCAUCCAUCCUCUCUCAUGAUAGUGCCAAGUUUAAAGUGUUUAAAAACACUCAUUGUGAUCCUCACAACGAUUCAUAUUCUCAUACAGAGGCAGCAAGAGCCUUCUUCAUCAUCGGAACAAUUACUGAAUCAAGAGCAAGCCUUGUUGCAAUACUUUAUAUCAAGUGGAUGUAGAAAUAAUAUGGAAAUGUAUCAAUGGCUGAAAGGAAUUCAACAAGCCAUGAUGAACAUGUUGGGAUUGCACAAUUUGGAGCAACCAAACCAACAACAACAACAAGCUCUGUAUUGGUAUCAAUCACUGGAGAGGUAUUUUGAUUUGAUUCUCUUUCCAGAAUUGAAUGAAGAAUAUAUCAAUAAUUAUGUGAGACCGUCAACUUCAUUAACAAACAGUGGAAUUUCUCCAAACCAAUCAGAGGAAAAGAAAGCAUUUGUGUUUUUAUUAUUUGAAUUUGUGGAUGCCAUUCACACCAUCCUAAAAGUUAGAAAGUGA